GGAAGGAUGAGAAACUCCGGUCUUCUGCUCUGCCUCUGGAGCGCUUACUGUUGCUUUGCCGCGGGAGGUCCCGCAACCCUUGGUCCAGAGGGUCGGCUGCAAGAUGAGCUCAACAAAUCCAGGGUUGUACCGGCUGCUGCCAAACCCCCUGUGAGAUUUAACCUCCGCACCUCUGAGGACCCAGAACAUGAAGGAUGCUACUUCUCCUUUGGCCACAGCCAGCCCUUAGAAGACUGUGGCUUCAACAUGACAGCCAAAACCUUUUUCAUCAUUCAUGGAUGGACGAUGAGCGGCAUGUUUGAAAGCUGGCUGUACAAACUUGUGUCAGCCCUGCAGACAAGAGAGAAAGGAGCCAACGUCGUGGUGGUGGACUGGCUCCCGCUGGCUCACCAGCUUUACACAGACGCGGUCAAUCAUACAAGGGAGGUGGGACACAGCGUUGCCAGGAUGCUCAACUGGCUGCAGGCGAAGGAGGAUUUUUCUCUCCGGGAUGUUCACUUGAUUGGCUACAGCCUUGGAGCUCACGUGGCCGGGUACGCUGGCAACUUCGUGAAAGGCACGGUGGGCAGAAUCACGGGUUUGGAUCCUGCUGGGCCCAUGUUUGAAGGGGUUGACAUCCACAAGAGGCUGUCCCCUGACGAUGCAGACUUCGUGGAUGUCCUGCACACCUACACGCGCUCCUUUGGCUUGAGCAUCGGGAUUCAGAUGCCCGUGGGUCACAUUGAUGUCUACCCCAACGGAGGUGACUUCCAGCCGGGCUGUGGACUCAACGAUGUCUUGGGGUCAAUUGCAUAUGGAACAAUUGCAGAGGUGGUGAGAUGCGAGCACGAGCGGGCAGUACAUCUCUUUGUCGACUCCCUGGUGAAUCAGGACAAGCCGAGCUUCGCAUUCCAGUGCACGGACUCCAACCGCUUCAAAAAGGGGAUCUGCCUCAGUUGCCGGAAGAACCGUUGUAAUAGCAUUGGCUACAAUGCCAAGAAAAUGAGGAACAAGAGGAACAGCAAAAUGUACCUAAAAACCCGGGCAGGCAUGCCUUUCAGAGUUUACCAUUAUCAGAUGAAAAUCCAUGUCUUCAGCUACAAGAACAUGGGAGGAAUCGAGCCCACCUUUUAUGUCACCAUUUAUGGCACCAAUGCAGACUCCCAGAUUCUGCCUUUGGAAAUAGUGGAGCAGAUCGGGCUGAAUGCCACCAACACCUUCCUGGUCUACACCGAGGAGGACUUGGGAGACCUCCUGAAGAUCAAACUCACCUGGGAGAGGACUUCUCAGUCCUGGUACAACCUGUGGAAAGAGCUUCGCAGCUACCUGUCUCAGCCCCGCAGGUCCGAGCAAGAGCUGAAUAUCAGACGCAUCCGGGUCAAAUCCGGGGAAACCCAGAGGAAAUUGACUUUUUGUGCAGAAGAUCUUGAGAACACCCGCAUAUCCCCUGGCCAAGAGCUCUGGUUUCACAAGUGUCGGGAUGGCUGGAGAAUGAAAAAUGAAACCAGUCCAACCCUGGAGCAACCUUGAAGGUGCCCGCAAGGCCCCCCACUCCCUGAUUUCCAAGCACAUGGAGGAACGUUACUGCUGAGGACCCACCUGAUGGAAAGACCCUUCUUGGCCUUGACCCUGGAGCAAUGGGAGGAGCCCACUUGCUGGGCCCAGCACCGUGCCUCCCAUGAUGGCUGGGACUUUUCUCCAGAGGAGACCACAUCCUGCUGUUCCUGCUGUUCCCGCUGCUGCUCUAAGUCCAGAUCUGUGUGCAAAUGGCCAAUGCCCUGGCCUCUGUGCAUACCGGGCUGGUUUCUCAGUGACUGGAUGAGCCUGUGCUUCACCCAACAAGGAACACAGGCUCUGAGUGACUCUGCGUGGAAGGCUGUCAGCUGCCUGACCUGACUUGAGUCAUAGUGAGGGGUCUUGUUGCUGGGAGCUGACUCGUGUCAGGAUGGCAGACCUGGGACCUUGUUCACCGGGGGAGGGAGAGUAGAUCUGGGGAGGUGUGGUGGUCCUCGCUCUUGGGGUUCAAUGGGUAACUGGUAAUGUGGACUGGUUACAUUUUAUUCGGUCCUGUUCCCCAGCUUCUUCUCUAAAGUACACAUCAUUGGCUUUCUUCUU